UUAGAGCCGACUCGUUCGCGAACGACCCAUCACUAAUACUCAGCGGUUUGACUGGAAUAACAAACUGUUCAUCAACACAGGUCGGAGAAGCCGAAGAUUCCACCGGAAGUAGCUUUCUUGUUUACAGCAGUUAGCUAAGGUGUUAGCUAGUUAGCAAAGUAGCUACCGGUAGAUAUAUCUAGCUAACAUAAAAGAGGAGGAUGAGCAGCUCGGAGGAGGUGUCCUGGAUCUCCUGGUUCUGUGGCCUGAGGGGGAAUGAGUUUUUCUGUGAGGUUGAUGAGGACUACAUUCAGGACAAGUUUAACCUGACAGGGCUCAAUGAGCAGGUGCCUCACUACCGCCAGGCCCUUGAUAUGAUCCUGGACCUGGAGCCAGAUGAGGAGCUGGAGGACAACCCCAACCAGAGUGACCUGAUAGAGCAGGCAGCAGAGAUGCUGUACGGGCUGAUCCACGCACGCUACAUCCUCACCAACAGAGGCAUCGCUCAGAUGCUGGAUAAGUACCAACAAGGGGACUUUGGCUAUUGCCCAAGAGUGUACUGUGAGAAUCAACCCAUGCUUCCUAUUGGUCUGUCAGACAUCCCAGGUGAGGCGAUGGUGAAGCUGUAUUGUCCAAAGUGCAUGGAUGUGUACACCCCCAAGUCCUCCCGGCACCACCACACAGACGGGGCCUACUUUGGGACAGGCUUCCCCCACAUGCUAUUUAUGGUUCACCCAGAGUACCGGCCAAAACGACCUGCCAACCAGUUUGUGCCAAGGCUAUAUGGCUUCAAGAUCCACCCCAUGGCUUAUCAACUCCAACUCCAGGCUGCCUCCAGCUUCAAGAGUCCUGUGAAGGCUAUUCGCUAGAACUUACACACCCGGCCGGGAAAGAUACAUUUUGACUUGGUUGGAAUGAAAGCAGUGGAUUAUGUAGCUCAAUAAAGGCUUGUUAAAAACACAUUCUGACAGAUACAAUACAUACAUGUAGAUCAGGGAUGGGAAACUCCAGUCAUCGUAGGUCGCAGUAUUACCCCAUUCAUAGCAAGCACAGCUGAUUCAACACAUUGUAUUCUAAACUGAUGAUCAUGAUUAGUUAAUUAUUGGAGUCGGGUGUGUUAGCUGCAGCAAAAAUAUGACACCAAUCAGGCCCCAGAAGGACUGGAGUUGACCAUCCCUGAUGUAGUUAAUGUUGACGUCCGGACCAGGCCAUCAUCUGUUACACAGGAUGCUCUUUGGUGAUUGGCUCCCUCUGUGCUUUAGCCUAUCAUAACCCUACUGACUACAAUCGUGCAACUUCCCCUCUGCUUGACAGGACCCAAUCUUUCGAACCUUUUUUCAGUUCGGCUCGCUAAGGCAGGGUUUUCCAAACUCAGUCCUGAGGCCCCCCUCAGGUGCACGUUUUGGUUUUUGCCCAAUUCUGAUCUUUUGCCCACGUAUUGUCAAAAGAGCUGAUGUGAUUGGUCAGAGUUGGGCAGCCUGUGUGAGCACAUCCUAAUACCUGUUGUCACACUACCAUGCUGACCUGCACAGUAUUGGGCUGGCUCAGAUACAUUCUCUACAUGGUUGCCUUUCCCGCCUGGUUCCAUUACCGAGGGUGGACACAUAACUUAGCAGUGUGGAAAGGCUGAUAUAAAACAAUCUUCAAUGAUUGGCUGAGAAUCCAAUUAACAACCAGUUUGAUAUGUAUUAUAGAUUCCCUAGAGAAUGGAUGCUGCACAAAUUAAAUUGAAGACAGAGUUGAUUAGAUGUAUAAGCUAUGUUCUCAGGGUGAAUGGCAACAUGGGUUUGCUUUGUGCUGACAUAAAAUACCAGUGCUGGGACACUCACUGUCCCAAAGUGAAAAUGUUCGGGCCACUUAAGCCAUCAUUAGUUGUGAACAUGUCCAUGACAGAGCAGAGUUGUCUCUUGACUGGACACCGAGACGCAUGGUUUCUCUUGCAUUGGUCUGUUACAAUAUUAAGUGGUAUUGAACACACAGGUGGAUGUCUUUCAUGUUGAUAACCUAUAGCUACAACCAGUUUACAUUAUGGUACUACAUUUUACAUUAAUAAUGUUUUUUUUCAGUCUACAACUCCAGUGGUAAUGCUAUUAUUGAUUUUCUGAAGUCUGUAUGCAAGCAUCUGGAAUUAAGAGUUAAUAAAAUUUUAUUUCUUACAA